AUGUCUGGGGAGCGAAGAAAUUCAAAACCUCGUGUCAAAUUUACUGUUGGCAUGGAAAGUGUGGAUGAGGAUAGUGAAUCGCAGUUUACCUCAGAACAGUCAACAGAUACUUCAUCUUCAGUUGACCAAAAGGAUGUACCAUCCCCAUUGGUGUCUCCCAGUGCAGAACAAGCGGCCUCGACUAUCAGCCCCAGACUCAAGUCAGGUGGCAGUGAAAAAGAGUUUUGGCGAUCCAGACAAAAGGUCAAAGACAGACAUUCCAUGUCAGGGGCAGACAACCUUGAUACCAGGGGGCGCCGUUCGAUAUCCUACCCUAAGGAUUUCAGUGUAGCAACCCCAGAGGAAUUUGUCAAAAGAUUUGGAGGCAACAGGGUUAUCAACAAGGUUCUCAUAGCCAACAAUGGCAUUGCUGCAGUCAAAUGUAUGCGCUCUGUCAGGAGAUGGGCUUACGAGAUGUUCCGAAAUGAGAAAGCUAUUAGAUUUGUUGUCAUGGUUACGCCAGAAGACUUGAAGGCAAAUGCAGAAUAUAUCCGUAUGGCUGACCAGUAUGUUCCAGUCCCUGGAGGCACUAACAACAAUAACUAUGCUAAUGUAGAUGUGAUCCUAGACAUUGCCAAGAGGACCAAAUCACAGGCGGUGUGGGCAGGUUGGGGACAUGCCUCGGAGAAUCCUAAACUCCCCGAACUGCUCCACAAAAAUGGCAUCACAUUCAUUGGUCCUCCAGAAUAUGCAAUGUGGGCACUCGGAGACAAGAUUGCCUCUUCUAUUGUGGCACAGACAGCUGGUGUACCGACCUUACCAUGGAGUGGCAAAAAUUUGACAGUCAACUGGACAGAAGCAGACCAGGCUCAGAAUAAAGUGAUUUCUGUGCCGCAAGACAUCUACAAGAAGGGUUGCGUAGAGGACUUGGAGGCUGGACUGAAGGCAGCUGAGGCUAUAGGCUUCCCUGUCAUGAUCAAGGCGUCAGAGGGAGGUGGUGGCAAGGGCAUAAGGAGAGCAGACAAUGCUGCUAGCUUUCCCAAUCUCUUCAGACAGGUCCAGACUGAAGUUCCUGGUUCACCUGUGUUCAUUAUGAAGCUGGCCAUGCAUGCUCGCCAUUUGGAGGUCCAGAUUCUGGCUGAUAGCUAUGGCAAUGCCAUCUCCUUAUUUGGGCGUGACUGUUCUAUUCAGAGACGACACCAGAAAAUUAUAGAGGAAGCACCUGCAGCUAUUGCUAAACCAGAAGUGUUUGAACAGAUGGAAAAGGCUGCUGUCACUUUGGCUAAGAUGGUGGGCUAUGUGAGUGCUGGCACUGUGGAAUACCUGUACAGUGCUGAGGAAGAGAGUUUCCACUUCCUGGAACUUAACCCCAGAUUACAGGUGGAACAUCCCUGUACAGAAAUGGUGGCUGAUAUCAACUUACCUGCUGCCCAGCUUCAGGUGGCCAUGGGUCUGCCCUUGCACCGCCUGAAGGAUGUCCGACAACUCUACAACAAAGAGCCAUGGGGUGAUAGCCUAAUUGACUUUGACAAUCCUACUGUACGUCCUUGUCCUAAAGGACAUGUCCUUGCUGCUAGGAUCACAAGUGAAAAUCCUGAUGAGGGAUUCAAGCCAAGCUCUGGAACAGUACAGGAGUUAAACUUCCGCAGCAGUAAAGAUGUAUGGGGCUAUUUCAGUGUUGCUGCCUCAGGGGGACUGCAUGAGUUUGCUGACUCCCAGUUUGGUCAUUGCUUCUCUUGGGGGGAGGACAGAGAGGAUGCUAGAGAGAACCUUGUACUGGCCUUGAAGGAGCUGUCUAUCCGUGGUGACUUCCGUACCACUGUAGAAUACCUCAUCAAGGUGCUGGAGACUGACGAAUACCAGAACAACGUUUUCACCACAGGCUGGCUCGACAAACUUAUUGCAGAGAAGGUACAGGCAGAGAAACCGGACACCAUGCUAGGUGUUAUCUCCGGAGCUUUACACAUCGGUGACAAAACCAUACUCAAGUGCUUUCAAGACUUUCAAACUUCUCUAGAAAGAGGUCAGGUGUUGCCAGCUUACUCCCUCAACAACAAAGUCAAUGUGGAGUUUAUCUAUGAAGGAAUCAAGUAUCAUGUACAGGUUGUUAAAACUGGUCCCACCAACUACUUUAUUUGUAUGAACGAUUCCUGUUUGGACUUGGAGGCUCACAGGUUGAGUGACGGAGGCCUGUUACUGUCUAUUGACGGCUCUAGUUAUACCACGUACAUGAAGGACGAUGUAAGCAGCUACAGGAUCACCAUUGACCACAAGACCUGUGUACUGGAACGAGAAAACGACCCCACCAUUCUCAGAUCACCCUCCGCUGGAAAGCUGAUGACGUACCUCAUAGAAGAUGGGGGCCAUGUGUUUGCUGGAGACUUUUACGCAGAAAUUGAGGUCAUGAAGAUGAUUAUAGAAUUGAGAGUGUCAGAAAAUGGAUGUAUCCACUAUGUGAAGCGGCCUGGAGCCGUGUUGGAUGCGGGGACCAUUGUGGCUAGACUUGACCUUGAUGACCCUAGUAAAGUUCAACAGGCCAAAUUGUACACUGGAACUCUCCCUGAUACCCACCAUCCUUCCCAUACCCAUGGUGAACGAAUCCACCAAGUCUUCCAGAGCACACGCAACGAACUAGAAAGCAUUCUUGCAGGUUAUACCCUUCCUGAACCAUACAGCAAGAAACGUAUGACCAAUUCAGUGGAAACACUGAUGAAAUGUCUCAAAGAUCCAAUGCUACCUCUUCUAGAACUUAUGGACUUACUCUCGAUGAUAGCAGGACGAAUUCCUUCAUCAGUGGUGAAGUCCAUCAAGAAGUUAUUGAGCUCCUAUUCCAGUAACAUAACAUCAGUUCUAUGUCAGUUCCCCAGUCAACAGAUUGCGAAUUGCAUAGAUGGACAUGCUGCCUCACUAACUCGACGUACUGAUAGGGAAAACUUUUUCAUGACAACUCAGGGAAUUGUCGAAUUAGUUCAGAGGUAUCGUAAUGGAAUCCGAGGCCACAUGAAGGCUGUGGUAAAAGAUCUUCUAAAACAGUAUUUACAUGUAGAGUUACAGUUUCAGCAUGGACACUAUGACAAGUGUGUGAUGAAGCUAACAGAGAAGAACAAGGACAACAUGUCUCAAGUUGUAGGCAGUAUUUUCUCCCACAUCGCCAUCAGCAACAAGAACAACCUGGUCAUCAUGCUCAUCGAUCGUCUGUGUGGAAAAGAACCUGGAUUGACCGAAGAGCUGACCAAUAUCCUCACAGAACUGACCACUCUUAAUCAAACAAACAAUGCCAAAGUGGCCCUCAGGGCACGACAGGUGUUGAUAGCGGCUCACCAACCUCCAUACGAACUAAGACAUAAUCAAAUGGAGUCCAUCUUUCUGUCUGCCAUUGACAUGUAUGGCUCUGAAUUCUGUCCAGAAAACCUUCAGAAAUUGAUCUACUCUGAGACAGCCAUUAAUGAUAUCCUGCAGGAGUUUUUCUGGCACUGUAAUACUCUUGUACAGAUGGCAGCACUAGAGGUGUACAUCAGAAGAGCUUACAUAGCUUAUGAGGUGAACUGCCUGCGACACUGCCAAAUGGAUUCAGACCUGUGUGUAGUCGAGUUUAAGUUCCUUCUACCCAGAUCCCAUCCCAACAGAAGAGACAGUGAAGUAUUAUUCCCAGCGCCUGUGAGCCAGGGAUUUUCUGUAGAUGACAGCCAGCCCAGGAUGAUGGUGAUGCGGUUCGACAGUUCAGAUAAAGUGUCCGAGUUGGCCGAGUCGGAAUCCUCCGCCCACAUCGACCAGCUAGAAGAGCUACCCAUGUGUCAGAGGAUGGGUAUUAUUGCCUCAUUCUCAUCCUUUGAAGAUUUUGUCAAGAGUUUUGAGUCUCUAAUGGAUCGAUUCACCAAUGAACUUGAGUCGCCACCUGAUAGUCCCAAACUUCUAGAAAGAAGUGUAUCUGUACAGGAGGACACAAUAUCUUUACAGAGUGCUGUGUCUGAUGCUGAUGAACCCAUCCACAUCAUUAAUGUAGCCAUAAAGAUGGAGACAAAGAUUGAUGAUAGCAAGUUGGCUGAAAUGUUCCAGACAUUUUGUAAAGAACAGUCGUCUGUGAUGUAUGAGAAAGGUAUCCGUAGGAUCACAUUCCUGGUGACAUACAAGAGACAUUUCCCAAAGUACUUCACAUACAGAGCUAAGUUUGAGUUUGAUGAGGACAGGAUCUACCGUCAUUUGGAACCUGCACUGGCUUUCCAGCUGGAAAUCAACCGUCUGCGGAACUUUGACCUUGAGGCUAUUCCUACAGCCAAUUACAAAAUGCAUCUCUACCUUGGAAAGGCCAAGGUUGCCAAGGGUCAGGAGGUCACCGACUACCGAUUCUUCGUCAGAUCAAUCAUUAGACAUUCAGAUCUUGUCACCAAAGAGGCAUCGUUUGAGUACCUACAGAAUGAGGCAGAAAGGACACUGUUAGAGGCCAUGGACUCCUUGGAGGUGGCUUUCUCUCAUCCUCUGGCCAAAAGGACUGAUUGUAACCAUAUCUUCCUCAACUUUGUACCCACCUUGACCUUGAAUGAACCAGGAAAGCUGGAAGAGACAGUGCGGAGUAUGGUGAUGAGAUACGGAAACAGACUGUGGAGUAUCCGUGUGCUCAGUGCUGAACUUAAGUUCACCAUCAGAAAUGGCUUGACCGGUGCAGUUGACCCUAUCCGACUGUUUCUGACCAAUGAGAGUGGCUACUACCUGGAUAUGAGUCUAUACAAGGAAGCUACAGAUGCAACCUCAGGACAGGUGAUGUUUGAAGCCUACGGGCCAAAGCAGGGAGCCCUCCACGGCCUCUUAAUCAGCACUCCUUACGUCACCAAAGACCAUUUACAACUUAAACGCUUCCAAGCUCAGUCAAGUGGAACCACCUAUGUGUACGACUUCCCAGCAAUGUUCAAACAGGUGAUGACUUCAGUGUGGAAGGACUAUGUGACUCAAUACAAACUGGAGGAGACCGACAUUCCAUCUGAAGUCUUCUCCAGUAAAGAACUUGUACUAGACAAUCAGGAUCGACUAUGUGUCCAAAACAGAUUGCCUGGUGAAAAUGAGAUUGGCAUGGUGGCAUGGCAAGUAACGCUGAAAACUCCAGAGUACCCCGGUGGACGAGACAUUAUCGUCAUUGCUAAUGACAUCACACAUAGGAUUGGCUCAUUUGGACCUAAGGAAGACCUUCUGUUCAAGAGGUCAUCAGAGUUGGCAAGGACAAAGGGCAUUCCUCGCAUAUACAUCUCUGCUAACAGUGGGGCCAGGAUAGGGCUAAGCGAGGAACUCAAGCAUCUGUUUAGAGUGGCCUGGCAUGACAAUGACGACCCAGACAAGGGCUUUAAGUAUCUGUAUCUGGCUCCUGAUGACUUUAAGAAGGUGAGCGCCGUGAAUGCUGUCCGGGCCGAACUGAUCGAGGAUGAGGGUGAAUCUCGCUAUAAAAUCACAGACAUCAUCGGAAAAGAGGAGGGCCUUGGAGUAGAGAACCUUAGGGGCUCAGGAAUGAUUGCUGGAGAAACAUCUGCUGCCUAUGAGGAAAUACCCACUAUGAGUUUGGUAACCUGCAGGGCUAUAGGUAUUGGUGCCUACCUAGUAAGACUAGGACAGAGGACUAUACAAGUAGAAAACUCACACAUUAUCCUUACAGGAGCAGGAGCUCUCAACAAGGUCCUUGGUCGAGAGGUGUACACUAGUAACAAUCAGUUGGGUGGAAUACAGAUAAUGCACAGUAAUGGUGUGUCACAUGAAGUGGUGAGCGACGACUUUGAAGGUACCAACAAAGUAUUGGAGUGGCUGUCGUAUGUACCCAAGCACCGUGGGUCCCCUCUUCCUACCCUGCCUAUACUGGAUCCUGUGGAGCGGGAUGUGGAGUUUGUACCCACCAAAGCACCAUACGACCCUCGCUGGAUGCUGUGUGGAAGGCCACACCCUGACAAGAAGAAUGUUUGGCAGAGUGGUUUCUUUGACAAGGAUAGCUUCAAGGAGAUCCUUCAGCCCUGGGCCCAGACUGUGGUAGUGGGCCGUGCGCGACUAGGGGGCAUCCCUAUAGGGGUCGUCAGCGUGGAAACUAGGACAGUAGAGGUCACCAUUCCAGCUGACCCUGCCAAUCUGGAUUCAGAAUCGAAGGUAAUCCAGCAGGCUGGUCAAGUCUGGUUCCCAGACUCUGCCUAUAAGACAGCUCAAGCCAUCAAAGACUUCAACAGAGAGGAGCUCCCUCUGUUGGUGUUUGCCAACUGGAGAGGUUUCUCUGGGGGUAUGAAAGACAUGUAUGACCAAGUGCUCAAGUUUGGUUCCUACAUUGUUGACGCUCUGAGGGAAUACAAUCGGCCCAUCUUUGUGUAUAUACCGCCAUACGCAGAGCUGAGGGGUGGGGCUUGGGUAGUCGUUGACCCAACGAUUAACCCAGUCCAUAUGGAAAUGUUUGCUGACCAGCUUAGCCGUGGAGGAGUUCUAGAGCCUGAGGGGACAGUAGAAAUCAAGUUCAGACGAAAGGACUUGAUCAAGUCGAUGCGACGUCUAGAUCCGGGUUGUAAGAAUCUUAUAGAGAAGUUAAAUACACCAAACCUUGGGGCAGAGGAAAAGGCAUCACUGGAGAAACAGUUAUCACAACAUGAGGAGAAACUUGUACCUAUGUACCAUCAAGUGGCAAUACAGUUCGCUGACCUUCACGAUACGCCUGGACGCAUGGAAGAAAAGAAUGUCAUUUCCGCCACCAUUAAGUGGAAGCGAAGUCGUGAGUUCAUGUAUUGGAGACUUAAGCGCCGUUUGCUGGAGUGUGAACUCAAACGGAAGAUGCAUUCCUUCACUUCGAACCUGAGUGAGGGACAGCUCAACUCCAGCCUCAGUCGCUGGUUUGUAGAGGACCAAGGAACAGUCAAUGCGUACCAGUGGGAAGAUGACAAGUCAGUUGUUGGCUGGCUGGUAGAACAACUGGACGAGAAUUCAGGUCAUAAUGCCGUUACAGAGAAUAUGCGCUGUCUUCAACGUGACCAUGUCAUCCAUCAAGUCCACAGCCUUAUCCAGGACAAUCCAGAGGUUACCAUGGACUCACUCAUACAUAUCUUGCAGCACAUGUCAACUUGUCAGCGAGCUGAAAUAUCCCGUAUCUUGGCCAACAUGGAGACAUGAUGAAAGAUUGUGUGAAAUUCUUUUUUCACCUAGUCCGUAGCUUUUGCGAAAUAGAACUCCUGUAGAUGUGAUGAGUAACGGGGUAGAUACACCACCACCGAAAUGAAGACAUUGAUAAAGUAAAGGGGAUAUACCAGGUGCUAUCAGUGCUCCGUCCUUCACUCCAUACAUCAAUAUGUCUGGAGCUUAAUCUGCCGCAUACAACUGCCAAAUUCUAUCAGUUGAUACCUGUUGCCCUGAUGGCUUUGGGAAUCUCAUAUUUCUUAUCCCAUGAGAGUUAUGGCCCUUUGUUUACUGUGUAUCAGGGUAUAUCUUGUUUACUGUGUCCCUUGGAACUACGAGCUUCAGUAUAUACGCAUUUGUUUAGAUGAGAGAACUACGUACUGAAGUGUAGUCACUUGACCUAUUGUGAUGGUAGAAUAGCUGGUUGUUUGAUAACAAGUUUUCUGCCUAUGUGAAAUUGUUACUUACAGCCAAAGGGAAGAGUGUCUAUAAUAUUCAUACUGUUUCAAGGAUUAAAGUAUUACAGAAUUUUCUUCAUGAAAAUGUAUCUCGAAGUGAUUGGAAAUUAAUGUUUAAAGUGUGUAUAUCGCUUAAAAACACUGAUUUUUUUUCAUUUUCUCAUUUUUUUUUUCACUUUUUCAUCUAUAUAUAAGCAGCAUGGAUAUAUAAGCCACAUGCUCUACAGAUGAAAAAAAAGUUUUUAACCGAAAAAUACGUUGUACAGUAUCAAGACCAUUUAAAAAAUGAUAUAUUAAUAAUUGUCUUUAUAUGGUAACAAUAUUGACAUUCAGUAUUAAUUGCCAUUUUUCUGUUUGUACAACAUGACUUUUGUGUGAUAAUUAGCCUGGUCAUUUGAAAAUCAAGUCUAUGACAAGUUGGUAUUGAAUAACAAGGCAGGAAUCAUAUUACAUGUAGUAGGUUCAGUAAGCAUUCCUUGUUCACAUCAAAGCAUUGAACAAAACAAUAUUCUUGUUUAUAAUAUAAAGUGACACUAUUGCCAUUUGUAAGUACAUUGAUAUUGUACUUGUGUUUUGUUUCUUUGUAUAUUUAGUUUGCAUUACAAUCUGAAGAAAUCAUUUACAUGUAGAUUCUUAUAUAUUUAUUAAAAAUUUGUAUUUUUGUAUUUAUUUGGAAUUAAAUCAGUUGGGAGUGCAUUUUCCAAGGCUGUGAUUUAUGUUCAAAUGUAAAUUUAAUCCUAAAGCUGUAGUUUCCUUCUUGUCUUCUGUGGACAUUUCAUGAUUGUUUAUUUUUCAGUGGAUAACACUAAAUUUGUAUUUCUCCCACACUUUAGUCCUGCAUUUUCACUUCUAUAGAAAUAUCUGCCUUUAUUUACCAAGUAAAACCUGAUCACUUUUGCUACUUGUUCUAGAAUCAGUUUUAUCACAUGUUGCUGCCAUUGAUGAUGUGAUGGUGUGCUGGACUCACCAUUUCAACAUUGGGAAAGUGUGGGAGGAAUGUAAAGAACACAACUGUAAUUACUCCUGUGUGUUGUAGACAGAGAAACCUCAACUUUCCUUGGAUAAGAUUUUAUGAGGUUUGAAAAAGAAAGUUUUCCUUGGUGUUGGAGACAAGUCCAACUUGUAUUAAUGAUAGUUAUUUAAGGGUCUCAUAUUACUAAUAGCUUUGUGAUAAACUAUUGAUUUAUUCACACAAGUUUUGUUGAUUUGCUUCCUUUUGAUAUAAUAGAUAUGUGUUGGGUUUGUUGUAUUUGUAGUGCUGCACAAUCAUUUGUAAAUGUUUUGUUGUUAUUGGGAUUUUGUGUCAAGUCAGUCGUACAAUUCAAUGACACUAAAUGUUUACUGGUCACAAAUGGUUAUUGUUAUACAGUGUGUAUCAUCAUUUUAUAUUUCAGAUACAUCUUUAUUUAAUUUUUUUUUUUUAUUUAUUUUUCUUUUUUCGAACUUUGUUUAUGAAAAUAUUUUCCUUAAAGACUAAUGCUAACAACUAGCAAAGUAUAUAUUGUUUGGGCCAGGAUAUAUUCUAUUAAUUUUGAGGUUUUGUUUAUUUGUAAGCAUUAUUCAUACAUAUAUUACAUAAAUUGUAUUAUUGUACUAUUAUAAUUACAGUUUUACCGUAACCGUAAAGAUGACAAGUUUACGGGUACUUCAUUAACAGCCAUGUUCAGGGGCAGUGUAUCUCUAGCAUGUCUGUCAUAUGUCUAGUUCAUUGAUAUCCUGUUAGUACAUAUGUCUAGUUCAUUGAUAUCCUGUUAGUACAUAUGUCGAGUUCAUUGAUAUCCUGUUAGUACAUAUGUCUAGUUCAUUGAUAUCCUGUUAGUACAUAUGUCUAGUUCAUUGAUAUCCUGUUAGUACAUAUCACUAGUUCACUUAUAUCCUGUUAGUUCACUCUCUAUUCAGCUAUAUGUAUUAGAUAAUUUUUAAUUUACAUACCUUGCUUAUAUGUUAAAAGUUUUGAUUAAUUGUUCAUUCAGAAUCUAAAAUAAGAAAUCAAGUUGUCAUAUUACAACAAAAUCUUUAAUACCCGUCUGUUUCUCCAUACCUGUGUCAACUCUGUAACACCAGGUCAUCAUGCUGUGGUAUCCUUAACAAUAAGUGUUGUUAUAUACUUACUCAGGUUUUGUUUUAAUGGUUAAUACAUUAGUACUCAUUGCUGUUUCAUCUGUUGGGUUUGCUAAGCAUAUAGAUGAAAAGUGUUUGCAACAAUCAUUUUGAUUGGCUGUGCACGAUGUUAUGGCUGUGCAUGAUGUUAUGCCUGUAGUGCUGGUAUUUACAAAUAAUUUUUACAGCAUAACAAGUUUUGGACCAAGUUUUACACCUCCUUAUUUAGGUAAAACUCUGAAGAAGCUGUACAAAUGCCUGGGAAUUAAUUGAAUAAUGAAGCACCAACUUUGAAAACAAAUGUUAGAUCCAGUUAAAGCAGCAUUUCAUUGUCUGAUAUAACAUCUAUAUUUUACCCUAUUUUACCUCCAUAUCUGUCUUCAGUGACAUCACAAUGCAUAUGAUGCAUAGCAGUCAUGACAUCACAAUUGAAACAUUGGAAACUAUUAUUACACAUGGUUAUAUUCCAAUAGGUGUAAUGGAUGUUAUUACACUUAUAACAGGGUAGUUAUACAACAAAUAAUGUCACAAUGACAUACCGUGGCAUUAUAUCAGUUUCGUUUUCAUGAGUGAAUCAUUUAAAUAUAGUACAUGUAUAUACUUUAUUUAUGUAAAGACAAUUGUGAAACAAGUUAUUUCAUCAUAUAUUUAUCACUCAUAUUGUCUCGUAUGGAAUGGUAUGAUGGAACUUGUUGUGGGAGGAAAUUGGAUAACGCAUGGAAAACCCAUUUAGUCAGACAGAUAACCCCAUAUCUUUUCACAUCCGUUUUGGGGUUUAAUCACGGAUGUCUAGGUAAAAGGUGAGUGUGUUACAUUGCACAACCUAACCUCCCUUAUUUUAAUCAUUUUAAACAUUACAUCAUUGUUUUCCCAAAUCAUCAUUUCAAAAUAGGUGCUACUUCUGUUCUUUUUUCUCAGCUAUAAUGAACAAGUAAAAAAGGCCAACUGGCCAUUCUGUUAUUAAGAUAUCAAAAUAGUACAGGUCAGAGUAGACACAGAACAACAUACUCAUUGUCCUCUGGUAUCUCAUGUUUCUUGAUUAAGGCAGCAACAACAUUGCUUUCAGGUAUGAUUUACUUCUAAAAUUUGGCAAUAUGUAUAUUAUUUUUAGUGCGUUUAUCCUCAGUUCAAUAUUUAUAAUCUUUGGCAGCUUUUCCUUAUUUAACAACACAAAGCAAUUCAGUAUGAUUGUAACAGUAAAAUGGUUCAAAAUGAUGUUGAUGACCACGGUGUACUAUGUAAAUAAAUUAAAAGUAUUUUGUUGAAUUUAGUCAGUGAAUUAAAUUUAGAAAUACAAUAAAUUCUAUCUAAAUCACACUAUUAAGGAAGAAAAUUCUUUCUGAUGAUGAUGUUGAAAUGAAUUCUGAAAAAGGGAUAGAAUUCAGUGCUGUAUGACAUAACAUGCUUCACAGUGUGGAAGGUCUACAGGAAUUCAUAUCGGAACAGGUGACAGUUGCAUAGUUUUGCUUACAUGGAUUUCCUUAUAAAGAUGACAUUUGUCAUGUGACAUUGAGAUGUAAGAUAUGAAGAAACGCCCUGGUAUACACAUACACGUGGAUACAUGUCUGCCAUGUUGCUUAAUUCACUGUCAAAGCUGUCUUUAUACUACUGGUAGUUAUAUAUAUAUAAAUGAUUGUACUUGUAUCCACCUAGCCGACUACACACCACCUGAUCAGAUUUUGAUACAGUUGUUUGUAUUAGAAGUAAUUUACUUUCUUUCCAGUUCAUAUAGAAUAAGCGAGAUGAUGGAUGUUUAAUUAUAUAAUGAUAAGCAUCCAGUCUGUACA